CUUUUCUUUUGCCUUACGCCAAGGGUAAGGGGUGUGCAUAGGAGGUCAAAUUAAAUUUUCUGAAUGCUUUCUUAUUUAAAGUACCUACUGUAAUCUGUUCCUGUAACUAUUGUCUUUUAUACGUUUGGAUACGUUCCACUGCAACAACCAACGCUCCUCAUAUCAAAUACAAGAUGCUUCACACAGUGACUGGACCAGGGGCUCUGGCCUUUGCUGUGCAGUUGAAGGCCUUGACUGACCAGGAGUUCAGGUACCAGCCCAAGCUGAGCGGGCUGAGGAUCAUUGAGACGGCCCAUGACAACGGCCUGAGGAUGACCGCCCGGCUUAGGGAGUACGAGGUGAAGGACCUCCUGUCUCUGACCAGGUUCUUUGGCUUCAGCGCAGAGACCUUCUCCCUGGCCGUCAACCUGCUGGACCGCUUCCUCGCUGUCAUGAAGAUCCAGCCGAAGCACCUGUCAUGCGUGGGCCUGUCCUGUUUCUACAUCGCUGUGAAGACCACGGAGGAGAAGAAGAAUGUCCCCAUGGCCAACGAGCUGAUCCGAAUCAGCCAGAACCGCUUCACUGUGUCUGACAUGAUGAGGAUGGAGAAGAUAAUUCUGCAGAAACUCUACUGGAAGGUCAAAGCCCCCACAGCCCUCUACUUCCUCAGGCUGUUCUACAGCCGGAUACAGGACACGCUUGAAGAUGACUGCAAGGAGAUCAUGAAUGUUGAGAGACUAGAAGCACAGCUGAAAGCCUGCCAUUGCUCUUUCACUUUCUCCAAAGUCAAGCCCUCUCUGCUUGCCCUGUCCUUGUUGGCCUUGGAGCUUCAGGAGCAACAUGACCAUGAGCACAUAGACAAGCUGCUCAACACUUUCCAGUGUCUACAGCAGCAACUCACUGUCCGACAAGGAGACCUGGUUAUCGUGACAGAGUUGGUUAUGAAGUGUCUCAUUGAGUAUUCAACCACCAGGGUCUCCAGGCCCAACAGCCAGAGGCUUCGUUGGAUCCUCUCUGGCAGAACGCAACGCACGUUGAAACACAGCUACUACAAGAUCGCCCAUAUGCCCACAAUCCCCGAGUCCGCCUACUGAACCCUGGGGCUGGGUGACCACUGAUACAAAAGUAGGAGUACACCGAUACAAAAGGAGAAGUAGGCUACCACCUCUUCUCCCCUAAAAAAACAUUUUGUUUUUCAGUUUAAAUGGGGGGAGGAAAGAAAUUGCCUAAAAGCCCCCCAAAAAACACAACUUCUUGUCCUCUGCUGUUGCUACGUGGUCACCUACCUCCAUCACUAACCUAUUUCCCUUACAGAACUGCAUUAUGGAUGAUGCAGUUCUUUAAGGGGAAAACCUGUAACAAACUUAUUUCCCCCUUUCUCCUGUUUUUUGUUCUCAUGGUACUUUUUGAAUAAGCUCACUUUAUUAGCCUACAUCUGCUUCAUUGACUAAGUGUGCAUCUGAAAUGGCACUCUAUUCCCUAUAUAGUGCACUACUUUUGAUAAGAGCUGCUUUUGUUCUUUGAAGGGAAUAGGGUGCCAUCGAGAAGGCACACUAAGGGAGUAAUGCCCGGUCAAGAGUGGGUUUAUCCGCUGCCAUCUAGCGAAGGUUAAAUCCUUCCUGGUUGAAAUGCUUGCACGCGUGUAUACAGUAUGUUCUUAUCUGAAUCAGUACCAACAUGAAUACUCUGCAUAGUAUUCUAUCGUGGUUGCUGGUUUUAAGCAAUGAAGUAUAGAACCACCUAGGUCCUCAGUCCACUAUGUGGAAGAGGAGGGAGAAGGGUUUUGUGAAAAUGCAAAAACAAUGGAACCAAGAAAUCGGACCCAAAACCCUUAACUUCCACCCUAGGUUGACGAACUGGCCUAAAAAUGCACUCCUCUACCCAAGGUGACCGUUUCCUUUUUUACUAUUGAAAUAUUAAUAUGCUUUUUUUUGUACUUGUGGAGGGCGUUUGAGGUUUCCUCGGUGGUGAGGUUUCCUCGGUGGUGAGGUUUCCUCGGUGGUGAGGUUUCCUCGGUGGUGAGGUUUCCUCGGUGGUGAGGUUUCCUCGGUGGUGAGGUUUCCUCGGUGGUGAGGUGAUCCUGCACAUGCAUUGGUUUUUAGCUUGCAGGUUAGCAUGCUGAAACUGGCUGUGGAUGACAUGGUAUCCCACUAGGGUGCCAUUUUGGACACGACCACUAUCUUCUAAUGUAAUGUUAACGGUUACUAACAACGGUCACGAUUACAUAAUGCGAUGUUGAAUUACCUUGAUUUGUGGCAAAAUCUUAGCCUUUAGAAAACAACCAUUUGAAAAAUGCACUCUUAAGUCACUUAGGUAAGCACAGUAGAUAUAAGAAAUGAAGUUGGUUUGUGAUUUGCAUUUGACCAUAGGCCCCACAAUUGAUCUGAAAAAUGAAGUUGUUCGUUAAGAAUUUGAAGUUGAUGUUCUGGAAUUUGAAAACUUUUCCUUAAAAUUGGAUUUACACCACCUGUUCAACCCAUGUGUUUACACCUUUCAAUAAAACAAUAUUGAAAAGCUG